UGUUUAAAAGGAGGUGCCUCAGCGCAUCAAACUUCACAAUCAUCUCAACCUCAGAUAAGCUGCGACGAAAUAAAUUCCAAGUCUUCUAUUACACACACCACUUAAAAUGGAGAUCUGCUUUGGAUUACUUCAGACCCGUGGAUCUAAGAUCUCUUCCUCAUGGAUCAGCUUGACCCUUCUUUGCUCAAUGAUGUGCAUGUGGACUUGUGUAGAGAGCUGGUCUUACUACUACUCUAACACCACCAUGAAUUGGAAACAAGCAAGAGCCUGGUGCAGGGAGCACUACACAGACAUGGUGGCCAUCCAGAACCAGGAGGAGAUUGGGCAUCUCAACAGCUGGCUUCCCAGGCAACCCACCUACUACUGGAUUGGGAUCCGCAAGGUCGAUAAUGUCUGGACCUGGGUCGGCACCAACAAGGCUCUGACAGCAGAAGCAACCAACUGGGCAAAGGGUGAACCAAACAAUGGCAAGAAUGGAGAUAAGAUGGGGGUUAAUGAGGAUUGUGUGGAGAUGUACAUUAAAAGGGAAAAACAGCCUGGCAAGUGGAAUGAUGAGAGGUGCGAGAAGAACAAGACGGCUCUGUGCUACACAGCUGCCUGUAAGAAUGACUCAUGCGUCUAUGGAGAAUGUGUCGAAACCAUUAACAGCCACGAGUGUGCUUGUUUUGAAGGCUUUUAUGGAGAGAGGUGUGAGCAAGUUAUUAAAUGUGACAAAGAGGAGGUGACUGUCCCAUAUAAAGGAAGUGUAACUUGCACUCAUCAGUAUGGGAAAUUUUCCUACAACUCCUCUUGCGAGUAUUCCUGUGAGAAAGGAUAUGAGCUGAGUGUGCCAACACCCCUGACAUGCACUGCCUCCAAAAUGUGGUCAGCGCAGCCUCCUACAUGUGAACUGGUUCAGUGUCCAGAGUUGUCUCGUCCAGCAAGAGGAUCCAUGAAUUGCUCCAAUCCUCUGGGUUCCUCCAGCUACCAGUCCACCUGUGUAUUUACCUGUGAUGAAGGCUUUGUGCAAACUGGUUCCACAUCUAACACUCUGCAAUGUGAAGCAUCAGGAAGCUGGAAUGCCUCACAGCCAUCUUGUGUUGCUGUCCAGUGCACAGCUAUCGAGGAGCUAGAGAAUGGCUCUGUCAACUGUGGAGAUGCAGAUGUGAGGUUCAUUUACGGAAACACCUGCAGCUUCAGCUGUGCCCCCGGCUACCACCUGGUGGGAGAGAGCAUGUUGAUGUGCACAUCAGCAGCUGAGUGGAGUGAGAGAAUGCCACGCUGUGAAGCCAUCACAUGCCAGAAUCCAGAGGGAGACAUUCACCUUAACUCCAUGUGCAACGCAUCUUCUACUGAACUGAAGCCUGGCUCCACCUGCAGCUUCAGCUGUAAAGCAGGCUUUGAACUGCAGGGAGUGCAGACUAUUCAGUGCUCUGAGGACGGACAAUGGAGUAAAGCCAUACCUACCUGCAAAGCAAUAGAAUGUCCUGCACCUGAGAUUCCAACAAAUGGCCACAUCAGCUGUAGCGCUACCCUGUCUUCACCUGUGUCCACCGAGACCCCCCAUCCACUUGGUAUUUUCUGCACUUUUAGCUGUGAUGAAGGCCAUGAACUUGAAGGUGCACUCAGCAUGGAGUGUGGACAUUCAGGCCAGUGGAACUCCACACCACCCACCUGCAAAGUUGUAAGUUGCCCGUUGCUCGAGGCCCCUGAAAAUGGUCAAAUCAACUGCUCAGACAAAGACCAAGAGUACAACUCUCAGUGCUCCUUCACAUGCAGUCAAGAUUACUCCUUAGAUGGACAUGAGCUGCUGACCUGUGAUCGUCAUGGCAAUUGGACCGGACAGAGACCCACCUGCCAAGCUUCCCCAUCUCAGGUUACUGCCAUCGUCUCUGGUGUGGCCACAGGAGGCGCUCUGUUAUCUGGUCUGUCUGUUGCCAUGUGGGUCCUGAAACGACUUAAGAAGAAAGCAACCAAGUUUGAGCUGAACAGCAACUCCGACAUAGAGGCUCCUCCACAGUUCUACAAAAAUAGCACUGACAGCCUCAUAUAGAACACAGUCAUAAUCCUCACAGGCAGCUAAGAACAACUAUAUAGGCCUAUAUCUUUAACAUAACUGCAUGUGUGUCACCAGACAUGGUAACGUGAACAAUAUGAAUCAUUUUGAACAGUGUAAAGCCUGUUAACAGUAAAACCCAGCAUGUCAGAGAUGUCAAUAAUGAGAGGAAAUGUUUUCUUUUAGAUCUUUGCAUUUAAUGGUAUUAUCAUGUUUUUGUUUUAUGCAAUUUUUAAAACGAUCAUUUAUUCGCUCUGUAAUGGUGUUCAAACAUGUAUUUCCUCCCAAAGGGAGUUUUAUAUUGAACAUAUUGUUCAACCCCUUCAUGAAAAUGCUGGAAAGGUGCAUGGCUCUGUCCAUGUUAUUGUAAAUGCUGCAUAACAUUGUGGGCGGAUUGUCAUGCUAUUGCAGAACUGUGAAUAAUUUCUGUAUUUAUGGGCUAUUUUUAUUUAAUAGGUAGUUAAUGCAUUUGAAAUUGAUAUUGAUAUUUCUGUAUGUUUAAAGCAGUGCUGACUUUUAUUCAUAAUAAAAUUUCAAACCAUCA